CCGCCAACUACUUUGCCGGUAGUUCUCAGAUAUCAUGGAGGUUCCGCAACUGUUCGUCUUGGUGGUGGCGCUGGCGUCGGCUUCGAUCGCUCAGCAUUAUGGCCCGCCAGCGCCGCCGCCGCCACCCGUAAGUGCCGACGCCGCAGAGAGUCCGUCGCUCAGGAAAUGCAGGCCGGGAGAGCUCGUUCCUGGGCCAACGUGCUCGUCCUUUUACAUGUGCGUCGGUAGUAUUGGUGGAAGCGAAUAUGCCACAAGAAAGGUCAAGUUCGAGUGCGCACCCGGCACGGUGUUCAGCGAAGGCCUCGGCAUUUGUGUGCACGCUUAUGGAUCCAACUGCUUAUCUGGUCCCUCUCUUCCUUUACCGUCCCUUGCUCCUCUUCCCGUCCCUGUCCCUACUCCUGCUCCACUGCCUCCCCCUGGUCCUCCUGCGCCUGUGGGACCCCCGGCACCCGCUCCAGCCCCUGUCGGCUCAUCUACGUGUUCUCCCUAUGAGCUAGAUCCUACGACCGUGUACGAGUGCAUUGAGCCUGGGAGUUUUCCGUCGCUAGCUGACUGUUCCCGAUUCUACAAGUGCAUCGUGACUAUGGACUGCAUUAUCAAAGGGUUCAUGUUCCGGUGCCCCAAGGGCUACCUCUUCGACACGGGGGUCCGCCGCUGCCACAAGGAGGAGCUGGUGGGGAUGUGCGACCGCGUGGCCGACGCCGCCGGCCAGAGCAUCGUGGUCAAGCCCGUGGUGGAGCUCGACCCCGACAGCCUCGACAAGUUCUUCGAGGCCGACUUCUACUGGGACUUCAUGGCGUUCCUGCCCAACGAGACGCAGCGGAUCGUGUCUCAGCCGUCCAGCUUCUCGCGCGGCGCUGCCCCGUCGCAGCUGAUCAGACUCGGAGGGAACUGAGAAGGGCGCUGCGCGAAGGGAGGUGAACGCAGGGAGAAGAAAGGGCAUGUUGUUAUUUUCGAGUUAUAUGUGUCUGUUUUCAUGUGAGUUAUACUUAAAAGAAACGCGGAAAUGUGUGUUAUUUUUGCAUUUCGGUGGUAACCCGAUUGAAAUUAAGGGGCGUCGCGCCAUAAUUUUCCCAGACGAUUUAUGUGGCAGUGCAGUAGCGUUGCGAAGUGAGCCCCUGGGACUGUUUCAUGAAUCGUGUUAGUUUUUCUUAUGUAUCUCUCUGUCUUUGCAUAUUUUAUACUACUUUUCUACCUGUAUUUGAAACUACAAGACACUGUACUUGACUUCCGCAUCUUUUACCAGCCAAUGAUUUUUUUGUGUUAAUACAAAUUAGUGGCAUUUUAGGUAGACCUGAACUAAACUCACCACACUGCUGAUGCCGGCAUUAUAGAGCUUUAUGUUAUUGUAUUUCUUAUAUUUAUAAUUGUUAGUGUUUUCCUGUUGGUACAUCAUAGCUGAAUAAAAUGAGAUGAAUGA